AUGGCUGAAAAUUAUGAAUGUAUUGAUGAUCCAAAUAGUGGAGUCCCUCCACCGCCACCACCACCUGGACAAUUAUCACCAGUUCCACCACCACCACCACCGCCUCAAGGAGCAGAAGGAAAUCCACCUCCACCACCACCACCAUUAAAUGAAAGAGUUCAUCAAGGAAAGUCUAGUGAAGCAGUUCCACCUGCACCGAGAUUAAUUGGAAAUCCUUUAUCUGAUAGUGAAUUGAGAAAAAAAAAAUCAAGUAAAGGUUGCUGUACAAUAUCCUAA